AUGCCAAUGAAGGAGUGGAUUUACCGGUUGCAGCCCGUGCAGCUCUACAUCGUACUAGCCCUUUCUUCCGUCUACUUUCUGGUGCAGCUGUUCCUGAGCCAUGUUUCCCAUUCGCUGGUACUGCUGGUCGCUUCCUACCAUAUGCUUUGCAACAUCGUCGCCCUCAUUGGCUGCAUCUUGACGAUAAAGAAAAGUGCCAUACCGUCUGGACGGGAAGCUUGUCCAUUGAAGCCGGACGCACGUUCCGUCUCACAACAGCUAACGGCUGGUUCAGAUGGGUCAGAAAAAUUCGCCGAAGUUCCCCUUGCCAGUCAAGACACGACGGAUGGAAGCAAAACCAGCUCAGAUGGUGGUGGCGAUGGGGGCAAGGGUGAAGAAUCCGCGAUGGAGAUCAAGCACAACGUAAAGGUGAAAGCGCGUCAGGCAAGGGAAAGCACCCUUAAGAAUACGUUCGGUUGGACACGCAUCGACAUCCUAACAAUGUUGGUGGUGUGCAUCUUUAUGGCAUCGUUUUGCUUUUCGGCGAUCAUUGAAGCACUGCAGACGCUGUCCCACAUUCAUCACCAGGAUGCGAUGCACUUUCCGGAGCAUAUACUAGUCCUAGGAGCGAUGGGGUUGAUACUGAAUGGGUUUUGUUAUCUCUUGAUCGGUGGGUAUACGUACCAUCAAGGAAGCUUUCUGUACAUCACAUCGAGUGGAAAUGUGAUCCUGGAUCACGUUGUUACUGGGGAUGGUGUUCGCAAGGGUGAUCGACGACUUUCGGGCUCGAGACGGCAGGUUUCACCUUCGCAACUUCGUGAUCAAUCCAAGCGUCAGAGUGUGCGUGAGCUGAUGCGUGAUAUUUGCAGUACUGUGAUCGUCAUUAUUUGCUCACUGAUCGUGUACUACACGACGGAGGAAACGGCCAAGUUUGUGGAUCCAGCUCUUUCGAUUGUUUCCUGUAUUAUCCUGCUAACUCUGAGUUAUCCAUACAUGAAAGAAUCGGGCAUGAUUCUGCUUCAAACUAUUCCUGACACGAUCGAUAUAGAAAUCUUCAAGAAAACACUGCUGGACGGCUUUAAGGAUAUUGUCAGUGUGCAUGAUCUUCACAUAUGGCAGCUGAGCGGGAAUCAGUACGUCUCGACGGUGCACAUUAUCUUUGACAACCCGAAGGUAUUUCUUAAGAUCCACAGCGAUGUGAUUGAGUUUUUCCACGAACAAGGCAUCAAUCAAGUUACCAUUCAGCCCGAGUUUAAAGCGACGGACGAAAGACGAACCCUUGGCAAUUGUCUCGAGGGUUGUUUGAUCCAGUGCCGUACAAUUGCCCAGUGCGCUAGCCGUACGUGUUGUGAUACGAUGUCACAAGAAGAAGCCGCCAAUGUGCCAUUACUGACGGAAGUAGUUGAUCGGCCACGAACGGACUGCUCGCAUGAACCGAAAGGUAGUGAAGUGAUUCAAAUGAACGCACUCACGGCAGUGAAUUCCGACGAGCAGACUACUAGUACCGUUCAAGUGGCCAAUGUUUCGUGUGAGUCAAUGGCCACUGAAGCACGUGAAGGAGAUAACCGUAAGCUAGAGACAGACAAUGUCUCUCAAUCAAACGAAGUCGAGGGCAGCGACUCAGCCACAGUACAAAUAAGCCCAGUUAAGACUGAAUGCCAGGCGCAAGAGACGGAAGGUGAUAAGAGCACGUAAAUAAGAGAGUAUUGCCACUAGAAUGGAACAACAGUCCUGAGGCGCU